AGCUGACCCUAAGGUUCUUGAAUCUGGUUCGUCCCUUGAUAACAGGCAGAAUUAUGCCUCCGAAAGUGAAGCCAUCAAAGAGCAAGAAAGAAGAGUCUGGCAGUGAAAAGUCUGAUGGCAGCCAGAAAAAUGGUAAGAUGCUAGCGCCCAAACCUAAGUCAUCUGGUACAGCCAAAAUUCCAGCGAAAAGGAAAGCCGAGGGCUCUGCUACGGGCAAAUCUAAAGCUAUAUCUGGGGCAAGCAGUAGUGAAAGCUCAGAUGUUGAUGCCAAGAAGAAAAAGAAGCCAGAGAAAAGGGAUGAUGCUGAAGGUGGAGAUUUCUUCGAUUCCGUGAAGAAGUCUCGUCUGGCUACCGCAGCCUCUGUUUCUGACUUUAAAUUUAACAAGAAGAGGGUGCGCUUGGUGUCUGCUGAAGAAAACCUGAAAGAUGAUGCACAAGGCAUAAUCUAUUGGAUGUCAAGAGAUCAGAGAGUUGAAGACAACUGGGCUUUUCUGUACGCUCAGCGCCUGGCUGCGAAGCAGAAAUUACCACUGCAUGUUGUCUUCUGCUUGGUACCGAAGUUUUUGAACGCCACAAUCCGUCAUUAUGGUUUUAUGCUGAAGGGCCUGAAAGAAGUUGCUGAGGACUGUAAGGAGUUAAACAUCCCUUUCCAUUUGCUCAUUGGAUAUGCUAAGGAUGUUCUCCCAGACUUUGUGAAGGAGAACAGCGUUGGUGGAGUGGUGACGGACUUUGCUCCUCUUCGUGUGCCUAUGCAGUGGGUCCAGGAGGUCUCUGAACGCUUACCUAAGGAUGUACCACUAGUUCAGGUAGAUGCCCAUAAUAUUGUGCCCUGCUGGGUUGCCUCUGUCAAACAGGAGUAUGGAGCUCGAACCAUCCGCAGAAAAAUCCACGAUCAGCUCUCUCAGUUCCUCACUGAGUUCCCUCCAGUCAUAAAGCAUCCAUAUGAUGCCAUGUUUAAAGCAGAGCCUAUAGAUUGGGAAGCCUGCUAUGCCAGUCUAGAAGUGGAUCGCACAGUAAAGGAAGUAGAAUGGGCAAAACCUGGGUCAAAGGCAGGAGUGGAAAUGCUCCAAUCAUUUAUAACACAACGCCUAAAGUCUUUUAACUCGGACCGGAACAACCCGAAUCAGCAGGCUCUUAGCAAUCUGUCGCCUUGGUUUCACUUUGGCCAGCUGUCUGUGCAGCGAGCAAUCCUGGAGGUACAGAAGUAUCGCAGCAAGUGCAAAGAAUCUGUAGACAGUUUUGUGGAGGAAGCUGUAGUGAGGAGAGAGCUAGCAGAUAAUUUCUGUUACUAUAACAAGAACUAUGACAAAGUGGAAGGUGCUUAUGAAUGGGCAAAGAAGACCCUGAAAGAUCAUGAAAAAGACAAGAGGACACCUAUAUACAGCCUGGAAAAACUGGAAAGUGGGAAGACUCAUGAUCCAUUGUGGAAUGCAGCACAGCUGCAAAUGGUUCAUGAAGGAAAGAUGCAUGGCUUCCUCCGUAUGUAUUGGGCUAAAAAAAUCCUUGAGUGGACUAAUUCUCCAGAGGAGGCUCUAAAAUUUGCCAUUUAUCUCAAUGACCGGUAUGAACUGGAUGGACGGGACCCUAAUGGAUAUGUAGGCUGUAUGUGGUCAAUUUGUGGAAUCCAUGAUCAGGGCUGGGCCGAGAGGGCUAUUUUUGGCAAAAUCCGAUUUAUGAACUAUCAAGGAUGCAAGAGGAAAUUUGAUGUGGCUCAGUUUGAACGACGCUAUCAUCCCAAGAAAUUUGCUCAAUGCUAACGCCCUCAAUGUUGUAAUAUAUCAUGCAUCAUAUAUAAUCAUACUCAGGAAAACGGCAACUGAUGAUUAUUUGCUGUACUGUUGGUAAAUGUUUGUUUGGGAGCACACUGCCUUCUUUCAUAUAC